AUGGCCCAGUACGAGUGUACCCACCACGUCAAAAACUUCUUGACCGAAUUGCCCAAAUGUGAGCACCAUCUCCACUUGGAGGGGACUUUGGAGCCAUCGCUUCUCUUUGAUUUAGCUGCCAGAAACUCCAUCAAGUUGCCGGACCACUUCCCAAGCUCCGUAGAGGCCUGCAAUGAGAGAUAUGCCAACUUCGCUGACUUGCAGGACUUCUUGGACCACUACUAUAUCGGUAUGAGUGUGUUGAUCAACGAGCAAGACUUCUACGAUUUGGCCAUGGAGUACUUUGCUAAAGCCCACUCUGAUGGAUGUCUCCACUCCGAAGUGUUCUUCGACCCUCAGGGCCACGUUGAGAGAGGCAUUGACGUUGAUGUGGUCGUCAGGGGCUUCGAUAGAGCAUGCAAGGCUGCCAAUGAUAAGUUCGGCACUACCAACAAAUUAAUUAUGUGCUUGUUGAGACACUUGCCUGCCGCUUCUGGUAUUGACAUGAUCGAAUCCACCUCGCAAUACUUUGGCGAGGGUAUUAUUCACGGCUUGGGACUCGACUCUUCAGAGAAGCCUUUCCCUCCUGAAUUGUUCUCGGACUGCUACAACUUGGUCAAGGACAAAUUUCCUGAGGUGGGUUUGACUGCCCAUGCUGGAGAGGAAGGAGACCACACUUACGUUUCCAACUCGUUGGACUUGUUGAAUGUCUCUCGUAUCGACCACGGUGUGAACUCCAAGCAGAGUCCCGAAUUGAUGAAGCGUUUGGCUGAGAAUAAGACUAUGUUGUCGAUGUGUCCAUUAUCUAACGUCAAGUUGCAAGUUGUCAAGGACGUUUCUGAAUUGCCAAUCUCGACGUUCUUGGAGAAUGAUGUUCCUUUCUCUAUCAACUCUGACGACCCAGCAUACUUUGGUGGUUACAUUUUGGACAACUACAUUGCUGUGCACACUAGAUUUGGAUUUUCUUUGGAUCAGUGGUGCAAGAUUGCUCACAAUGGUAUUGAAGGAUCGUGGUGUGACGAGGAGAGAAAGGCUGAGUUGAAGGCAAAGGUUGAAGAGGUUUACAACAAGUACCAGGGCUUGGUUUAA